AUCUCCAUUUGAUCAGCAAGAAAUCAACAGCUCACAUCAACAGUAAUGGAUCCAUGUCCAUUUGUACGGCUCAAUGUGGACUCUCUGGCUCUCAAGCUCCCGCACGCAACCAGACCGGCCGGUCCAGGAGUUCACUCGUCAACCACCCCCUGCUUCUGCGAGCUCAAGAUAAAAAACUUCCCUUCCCAAACUGCCCUCCUCACCCUCUCCAAUUCACUCAGCGACUCUUCUCCGCCUGACUCGUCCACGUCAGCUCUCGGCUUCCACGUGGACCCUGCCUUGCUUCGCCGCCUCUCCGGCAAGCCCGUGACGCUCCGGGUCUCCGUCUACACAGGCCGGAUGGGCCGGACCUGCGGCGUCACCAGCGGGAAGUUGCUGGGCCGGGUCCACCUCAGCAUUGACCUCGACUCGGCCCGGGUCCACCCGACCGUGAUCCACAACGGGUGGAUGAAGCUAGGGAAGGACCGCGAGAAGCCCUCCGCCAGGUUGCACUUGACUGUCCGGGCCGAGCCGGACCCCCGGUUCGUUUUCCAGUUCGGUGGUGAACCGGAGUGUAGCCCCGUGAUUUUUCAGAUUCAGGGGCGGGACAUACGACAGCCCGUUUUUAGCUGCAAGUUCAGUGCGGACCGUAACUCGAGAUUUCGAUCUCUCCAAUCUGAUUUUACCAGCAUGAAUAAUAGAGGAUGGAUGGGAACCUUUUCAGGUGAUAGAGAAAGGCCAGGAAGGGAGAGAAAGGGGUGGAUGAUAACAAUUCAUGAUCUAUCUGGCUCACCUGUGGCAGCUGCUUCUAUGAUCACUCCCUUUGUGCCGUCCCCAGGCAGUGAUCGUGUCUCCAGGUCAAACCCAGGUGCAUGGCUCAUCCUCCGACCUCAUGGCUUCAACGUCAGCAGCUGGAAGCCAUGGGGUCGUCUUGAGGCAUGGCGCGAGAGAGGGCCUAUUGAUGGCUUGGGAUACAAGUUUGAACUUGUUACUGACAAUGGGCCUAGUAGCAGCAUUACCAUUGCUGAAGGUACAAUGAGUGUCAAAAAGGGUGGACAGUUUUGCAUUGACAGUAGUUUAAUGAGAGAUUCUGCAUUGAACUCAAGGUCACCGGUUAAAGGGUUCGUGAUGGGUUCAACCGUUGAAGGCGAAGGAAAGGUUAGCAAGCCUAGUGUACAAGUUGGAGCGCAACAUGUGACUUGCAUGGCUGAUGCUGCUCUGUUUGUAGCACUAUCAGCUGCCAUUGAUCUUAGCAUGGACUCUUGCAGACUCUUCUCACAUAAACUUAGAAAGGAGCUUUGCCAUGAUGAACAAAAUUGCUUUUCCUAAAUUAAAACUGGUUCAAAAUCAUAAUCUUCCUUGUCAUAUCCUGUCUGUUGCUGUGACAACCAAUUAGUUUUUGCUCAGUUUGAGGCAUUGUUGGUUUGAGCACUGAAUAUGUAUAUUUUAUUUCUUCUUUGAUUCCCUUCUCUCUUUUUUCAUUUCCAAAAUUCUUUCAUCGUGAUUAUUUUUUCCCCAAAAAUCUUGAAAGUUUUCCCCUAUUUGGGAAUUGUGAAUGUAUCCUCUGUUCUUGUUUGAUUAUUUUAUCAGAUUUUGGUCUUCAAAGAGUGACAACGUUUUUGUGGUUUCGAUUCUGCCAGCGGUUUGGGUUUUAUAGACACACCUUGUGAUAGGGAAUUUCUCUUAUUAUUACAGUAUUGUUCUAUCAUACAUGUACAACAAACUUACCAAUUGCAAC